AUCAAAAGUCAAACACCGUUUCUUCUAGCUACUGGAUAUUGAGAUUUUGUAUUGUACAUUAUUUUGCUUAAAUUAUCGUGAUUUAAUCAGUUAUUGUAAUCAUAAGAUGGUUUAAUUGUUUCAAAUCGCUGUACUACUUUGUAAAGUGUCUGUGAUACGACUCGUUUAAACAAAUCCAAAAUGUCCGUUCCUACCACCGGGCUCAGCAAGUUGAAAAAGAAACACAUUCGAGUCAAACACCAAAAAGUGAAAUUAUUCCGUGCUAAUGAACCAUUACUAUCUGUUUUCAUGUGGGGUGUUAAUCACACGAUAAAUGAAUUAAGCCAUGUCACAAUACCGGUUAUGCUGUUGCCGGAUGACUUCAGGGCAUAUUCCAAACUCAAAGUGGACAACCAUUUAUUUAACAAAGAGAAUAUGCCAUCACAUUUCAAGGUGAAGGAGUACUGUCCACUAGUCUUCAGAAACCUGAGGGAGAGGUUUGGAAUUGAUGACAUUGACUAUAAGGAAUCAUUGACUAGGUUUAGAAGUCCAGAUAACUAUCUUCGUUCCCGAGCGGUCAAGAGGUUUAUAAGUAAACUACGGAGGUCUGCUACCGUUCCACCUGGUGUGGAGAUGAACUCACAGCAGGACGGACUGAUCCGAGACGCUACAGAGUUCAUGAAACACGGCCUUACCAUGAAACGGCUGAGGUCAGCGAAAUCUCAACCCACGCCUGACGACUCUUCAGGCAAGUCGGGCGCCAAGUUCUACCAGAGCUACGACCGGCUGUUCAUCCUCAAGACCCUCACUUCAGAGGAGGUGGAACGGAUGCACUCCUUCCUCAAGCACUAUCAUCCGUAUAUAGUGGAGCGCCACGGGAAAACGCUGCUGCCUCAGUACCUGGGCAUGUAUCGGCUCACCGUGGACGGCAUAGAACACUACCUGGUCGCCACGAGAAACGUUUUCUCCAACCACCUCAACAUACACAGGAAGUAUGACCUGAAAGGUUCCACGGUGGACCGAGAGGCGUCCGAGAAAGAGUUAGAGAAAGACUUACCGACGCUGAAAGAUAAUGACUUUAUCAAGCAGGGCGUGAGGAUCGACAUUGGAGACGCUGCUAAAGAAAAACUGCUUGAAACUCUCACCGCCGAUGUUGAGUUCCUAACAAAACUGCACUUGAUGGAUUACUCGCUGCUACUGGGCUUGCAUGAGUGUGGACGGGGUGAGGCUGAGGCUGAGGCGGCGAGGCAGCGUGAGGCGGAGAACGAGACGGACAACGACACGGACACCGACACAGACACGGACAACAGGCACGCGGACAGAUGGGGCUACAACACACCUCCGGACAGCCCGCGGGGGUUCGCGCGUCAGUCGUCGCUGCGGUACGAGGGGAUCAUUCCAGAACUAGACAUAUACGCCAUACCGAGCCAAGAGGGUUCACCAAGGAAAGAAAUAUAUUUCGUAGCGCUUAUUGACGUUCUCACACACUACGGCGUGAAGAAACAGGCAGCAAAGGCCGCGAAAACUGUGAAGUACGGCAGCAACGUGGACGGCAUAUCGACCUGCGACCCCGAGCAAUACGGCAAACGGUUCAUAGAGUUUGUUGCCAAAGCCAUCGAGGGCAAUUAGUGCUCGUUGCUGAUUGGAACGUGUGUUAGUGCCUCUUUUAGUGACCACGUCGCGUGUUAGUGUUAUUCUAAAUAGCUGUUGAUAUUCUUGAAUAUCUGCUGUGUUUGUGAUGUAUGUACAAGUAAUGUUUUUGUUCCUUUGAUGAUAAUAAACAGCGAAAAAUAGGGUAUCGCAAUAACACAGAAUAAACCAAAGUCUUAGAUCUCUUGAAAAAUUUAAACUCUGGUAUAUUAUAAGAUAGCUACUAUCAAACCUUAAAAAAGGAAAACAAGUAACUAUACGUUCUUAGGCAUUGAAGUAAGAACAUAGGUUGUUCAGGUACUCGUCUGCGGAAAGAGAGAAGCAGAUAGGAGGACAUAAGAGUGUACGGGUCACCUAUUGGAAAGUGAUCACCGCCGCUUGCUUAUACUUUCUUAAAGAGAAAUCCUCUGGUGUUUAAGCCGGCUUUUAAGGGGUUUUGCCAGCUUUUUAAGUGGGCAAAAGUCCUUAUCAGAUGAACAGUUACGACAGGCAGCAUUAAGUAUGAACAAAUAAACAGUAAUUUACUUAGAUUUCUUCUAUUUUUCAGUAACAGUUCAUUCGUUUAUUUCUUGCAAUAAAAAUAUGCACAAUUAGUUUGAUCUUUUACGAAAUUAUUAAUCCCGUGGAAGAGAAAAAAUUCAAUAUGCCAAUUUUUUUAAUUAUACAACAGACAAAGAUAUGAUUUUGACUUAAAUAAUAUAUUUUCAAAGGAUUAAAACGCGUAUAAUUUCAACUAAAUGUUAACAUUCAUUAUUUCUUAAUAUUAACAUUAUUAAUUUAUUCCUACCCCUGGUUUAUUCGAAGGAAAUGCUGUGAUUUUUUAUUCAUAAAAUUGUAUGUUAAAAGAGGCACUAUAGGGUGUUAAUAUGUAUUAUUACCAAAUAUAAUUUGUAUGAGAAGUCAUUUUGUAUGUACACGAGGAAACAAUAUUGAAGCUUUAUAUUAUAUUGCAUCAAAGCCUGUUCCAUGUUUGAAGGCUAACUGAAGUCUGUCUGUCCGAAAUAUCAAGUAUGCGGACCCUAAUUAUAUUUAUUUUACAACCAUCGUUGACAUCAACAUAUAUAGUAUGUAUUCUACUAGUUUUUUUUAAUAUUUGUAUUAUCGUACACAAGGUACUGUAAGAGUGUGUUACUUUGACCCUAGGGAGUUAUGUCAAGCCAGCAAAUUUUCGUUUAGAAGCGAAAGGAAUGAAAAUAUAAUCAUUUCCAAUUUUUGGCUAAAGUAACCCCCAAAGCCAAAUUAUCCCACUUCAGUGUUGUUUAACUUGCUCAAGGCGAAAAUUGUAUAGGACCUGUUGUAUGCGAAUAUUUAUUUAUUGAGUCUGGCCAAAAAUAAAAUAAAACCUUUAGAAAUUAAUUUUAACGCAAGUUAUUCGUUUUGACAAGUUUUUUUGUUACAAUAUUGUAUUACUUUUAUUUAUUGGUCUAAAUGAGGGGCAACAAAAGUACUUGUGUUUUUCAAAAUUUGUUGCGAUUUUAAGUCGAGCUUAGAAUCAAAAUAGUAAGAAUCAUAAAUGUGGUUUUUAAUACAACGUGUCAGAAAAAGCAAACUUUGAAUAUGUCAGAUAGACAUAACAUUGACAUUACAAUCUCCAGUUAUAUAGUGAGUUGUGAGCACUUAGUGUUGUCAGCGGCACUGAGGUCAAUGAACGAAUAAAAAAUGCAAUGCUAGCGCGUAUUCCGAGAUUUAUCGCACGGGUUUUCCCGCAGUAAUCUCUGAAAUUUGAAAAUUAUAUAAAGUCUUGGCUACACUUCAUAGGGGUAUCCCAGAAAGAAUGGAUAAUCGUGGAGCGUCUAAUACAACAGCUAUCAUGGGGUCAAAAAAAUAUCCACCUGGUAUUAUGAUAUUUUUUUUUAGACUUUUUCACUUCUCAUGCUCGAAAUGCUUCUCAUGCUUCCAAAUCGAUUUUUGUGCACAAGUGCACAAAAGUAUCUACUCAUAAAUGUGUCUAUAUUAAGGCAAAGAAAAUGAGCCAUACAGCCAUACGCAAUAAAAAGUUCAGAGAUAGAAUUUGUUAUUUAAUAAUAUUUACUUUAUUUGCCUCGUGUGCUUUUUAAGACAUAAAAGAUAUUAAAAUUUUAGUUAAAAUACAGUAGGUUAUUUAAUUAAUUAAAAAAUAUAUAUAUUAAAAAAAUAAUUUAAUAGUAGGCUGUAUAGGUCUGGAGCCCAAGCCAUUAAAAAAAAGCGGCGGGAAACAGGUCUUGUUUUUUUCGUGUGUUUAUUAAUUUCUUCAAAUUUGCUAAAAUUAUUAAAAAUGUCCAUGUUAUACUACUGUUUUAUUUCCUCGCAAUCGAAAUGAAAAGCACAGUUUAUAACUCGUCCUCAAAACCAUUUUAUCCUCGACAUUUCUAUCAGCCCUCGCCUUCGGAUCGGGCUGCUAAAAGUCUCGGAUAAAAGAUGGUUCGUUUUGUGCACUCGUUGUGAAAUCUACUAUUAUUGAUCUUUGAUCAAAUUAAUGUAAUUUGUCGUGUUUUUGAUGUUAACUUAUUCCUCACAUUUGAAUUAUCAUCCAUUCUUUCUGAGACAUCCUGUAUAGAGAUUUCCCCGGGUCGCUCUGCUUAAAAUCAUUGAGAGUGUUUUUAGUUGACCACCUUAUUGUUGAGAAGAUUAUUAUUGGCUUAUGGUAGCGAUGUAAUCGAAUUCCUUAUGGACACGUUCUUAAGGCGUAUAGAAAUCCCAUACAUUUUUAUAUUUUAUUUUAGUAUUUGUAAAUGUUCUAUCUUAUUCAAAUAAUACUUCUGCGGUCUUUUUUUGUCUCCAAUGUGUAGGAUUUUUUUUUAUAUUAUUGCGUCUAGCAAGCAAAAAGUAAUUGCUUGAAUGUAUAAACUGUACUUGUUGUAGUCAAGAAUUUAAAUCAUAUUGUGAUGUUUGGUAUUGAGUUGAUUCCGUUUUGAGGUAUGACGCUUUGCAUUUAUAAAAGAAUGCUAAAAUAAGAGAUUUAUUUUUUGUGUAAAUUUUUUAUUGAGUCAUAUUGUCUCUGUUAUUCUCACAUGGAUGCGACAAUACGUUUCUGUUUUCAAUUAAAGAGUGUCUGUAUUAUUAUAAACAGCCAUCAAAAUGUAUUAUAGUCAAUGACUUUAAUGUUAUAAAACCAGCGUAAAUUAUAUAUUUACAAUAAGUUACAAGUAAAAAUUUUAUCCCUUACUUUUCCAAACUUAUAUAAAAAUAGUUUCUCGAUUGGCGAAGAAAUUAGACGGGCAACUUAGAAACAAAAUGUAGAAACGUGCCGGCGAAUUGAGAACCUCGUGCAUUUUUGGAGUUUACUUGAUCAUUGUAUGUGAGGUUAAUAAUUUUUACUAAUUUAAGUAGUUUACCUACUAAACCACGUCUACAUUUUGCAAAAUAUACCGUGGAGAUGAGUCCAGACCUUAUAUAAAUGUUUGCAUUUAAAUAUUAGCCAAAACUUGUGGCAAGGCCUGGCAACGAGAUAUUGCGAACGUCACGUAUAUAAGAAAUUCACGUUUCAACUAUACAUUAGUUGUAGUGACGCGCGUGUUACUGAGGAGUGUCUAGAGUCGUUGGUACUGCAGUCGUUAUCUGCUUUCUUGACUGACAAUAGCUACAUCUGGCUAUAUAUGUUUAUGUCAGUCUCACAAUCCCCAAAUGAAUUCUAGAGUUUAAGAAACGAAAAUGUACUUUUAGUGCCAUAAUGAAAAUGUAAAAUUAUUAGCACUAUGAAAUAUUCCUAGCUGUUUACGAUGGAAACAAAUUACAGAGAAAAUUGACCUACACCGAUUGAUAAAAUAUUGAUAACUCCAGUCAGUUAAGACUAAUGUAUAUGAAGCUAUAAAACAAUAAAAUAUAAUGUGUUGAGACCCUUAGGGGCCUUAAGAAAGCCGUCGCAGAUUCAAAUGAACCGGGUGACAAUUUUCUCUUACUAUUUAAUGGUUUGCUGUUAAAAAACUUUUUAAAUCCUGUCACAGUUGUAUGACAUUAUGGCACAGCGCUGUAAAUUUUUCCAAAAUAUUAUAUUUAAUAUAUUUCGCUUUCAAAUUGUUAUUUAUAACGUUAUAAAAUUAAUUGGCUUGCGGCCGAAUUUGAAACGGCCGCGCUGUAAAUGAAACAAGUUUGCCAAUAAUCUAGCUUAGUCCUUCUCUAGUGUAGUCGUUCAAAAUUAAUGUAAGUUUUUGUUAUUUAUUAUUGUAAUGGGACGAGUGUUUCCAAUGUAUAUCGGAAGAGCAUUACUGUAAUGGCAACUUUUGUUAUAUUAUUCAUGUAAGUGUAUUAUUGUAAGUUACUACUUGAAACACCUAAGUUUAUUGGUCUCUUUAAAUGAGUUGUUGUGUCUGCUUAUCACCUCCUUUCGCAGGGUAUUUUCAUCAUUUAUUAUAUUUUUUUUUAUUUUUAGAUUAUGUCGUAGCACAUUAAUACAGUACCGCUACCGCACAGUGAAAAAUUUUCGAAUCUGGUCUUGUCCUUCUUCUCCUUAGAUUCAUUUAAAAGUGAUAACAUUUUCUUUAUGUAAAGCUUCUCUAGUCUUUCACGUGUAAACAAUAAAAACAAGCAUCGAAAAAAUCGAUCAAAUAGUGUUUUUUAGACUUAUUUUUUGUCUUUUUGCGAUGCUUGUUUUUGAACCUGUGCGGCAUUGCAUUGUAGCGUACAGGGUUUAUCACUAUGGGAAAUAGAUCGCCUUAUCGUUCAUAGUAAAAAAAGCUUUAUUUGAUGGGCUACUAGCGGGCUGUAUAUGCGGGAUAUAUGGGUGUAUAAAUGUGCUUCGACCUUGUAACAGUUCUUGCUUAUGGGGCUCGAAAACGUCGCGUUGUGUUGUUGAUAUUAAAAAAUGUAAAAAUAAAUAGUCUGUGUGGGAAGCGCAAUUAUGUAAAAUAAAAAUAAUAAAUUAAUAUGAUCGUUUAAAGUAAAACAGUAAAAUUAUUACAUUUUUAUGUGUUUAAUUCCCAACCACGCCGGCCAACAGUUAGUUCACAGAGAGAUUUUUAUUGACUUGAUCUUGUCACUUUCGGUUUUGUGCGGUUUAUUCGCGUUGACACAUGACCAACUAGACCAUAAUCUAUAAUACUACUAGCAUACCAUAUAAGACCACAGACCAUAAUAAAAUUUCAGUUUGGAUGAAUCACCGGUCAACAAUGUUGUUUACUUUUGAAAGACGGUUGAUUAUAGUUUAUCUACACACAUGCUUUAAAUUUUAAAGUUUAAAUACUCUAUUAAAGAUUCUGAAACAGUUAGCUUAUUGUCAACAUUAAAACACCCAAUGUCCCAAUAACCAUUACAUCAUCCAAACGAGUAUUGUUAUGAAAUUCAGUACAACAUUACAGCACUCGUUUUGACGAUCUAACGGUUACUAGGACUCGCUUUUUAAUGUUAGCAGGAGUGUUUCAAAAUCAUUUAUAUAGGAUUCAUAUUAUGGGUAUAGAGAAAGUCUUAUAUGCAACUGUUGACUCAUGUGAUAAACCCACAUUCUUGUUUUAAUACCCAUUAUUAAACAACAGUUGCAUAAAUAACUAUUGCAGGAAGUGUUGGGGGUGUCUAAUGCGCAUGUGUACAGUCACGCGCAAAAAUAAUUAUUUUAUUUAUGUUCUACGAACAAAGUAAGACGCCCCUUGUGUAAAUAUUGUAGUAGGCAGGUAUACUGUUGAAUUAUUUGAAUUUAUAAAUAAUUUAAUUAUUUUUACAAUUAAUAAAUCAAUCAACACCUGCAACAGUUAAUAAGCUAUAUGUCGUUCAAUUAAAUACAAAAUAUUUCUUCUCGGCCAAUAGCGCGGUACUACUGACAUUUGGUGGUUCACCCCAUUUGAUGAUUAAUAUUUGUAGAGUUAUUUCAUAUAGAAGUAUUUGUUGCUUCGGGAACGUAACGCGGUUUAGAGUAAAUGAAUUCAAUGCAAAUGUAAUAUACUAUACCUGGCCUCAUUACAACUUAAUUAUGUAGGUGCCUAUAUUUUAAAAUAUACUUUAAGGAUAUACACAAACUGGAUGGUCGCAUGUGUUGUGCCUUCGCAUGAAUAUAAGUUUUUGAAUUAUUUAUUUACAUUAGAUUUUCUUUAUCUGUGCACCUAAUACGUUGAAUUAUAGAUGAAAAUCUUAAAGCAAAAUAAAUAUGAGAGUUGAAAGAUAAAGUCGCGUCUUGUGGGGGCGCUAACUACCAAUUAUCAUGAGAAUUCUACGUUGAAUACAUACGAAAAACUAUUUAAACAUAAAAAAAAAUGAUUUUGCAAUAUUGUACAUCGCGGACGUAGUUUGGGACAUUCUGCAUAAAAUCAGUAACUUUUUGAAUAUUCGACUUUAAUGGAAACAAUUCAGUUAAAUAAAAUUAAGCAUAUGCUUCAUUCUUACCCACGUUUAUUACCUAUAUCUCCGGGUAAGAGCAGUUUACAAAUUAUUAGAAAGAGGCGAGUCCACUCCUCGCCUCUUACUCCGAGUCAGGACUAAAAAGUUUAAUAGUACUAUAGUGGCAAUAGUUUGGUUUAGUGAGGAACCGGUAAUAAAAACUUGUAGCUUAACAACACGCGCGCCGACAGCCACCACAAAGCGGGCUCGUCUGUAAGAGCCCUUAUUUGUUCGAUGUUGCGAAGUCUGUUUCAUUACACACAAAUUGUCAUUUCAACCCUAGUUUCAGAACUCUCAAAGAGCUUUUGUGAUAAAUAUCGUUUUCUUUUAGAUUUUACGUAUUUUAGUUUAGAUGUUAUUAUGUACAGAGCAAUGUCGUGUUGCAAAUUAAUCCAUGUUUGAUGAAAAUUAUGUAUUAUGGAAUAUUUUGUGGAGAUAAAUUAAAUAGUUGGAUAACAAGUUAUGGUUACUCCUAUAAUUCGGUUUUGUUGAAAUAUCUCCUGUGACAUGUUAUUCUGGUUAUAAUUAUCAAGUUUUCUGUGCUUUAUUGCAUUGUCAUCCAUUUUGUGUUAAUAUAUUAUUAUAGGUAUUUUGUAUUCGAUUUGAUUCUGAGGGACUGGCCACACAACAGUAGGUACAGUAAGGUUUUCCAUGUCUAUCUAAAUGUUAAUUAUACAAUCUUUUAUUACAUUUAGUGAUAAUUACGUGUUUUUACAUCCAAGCCACCUGUGCUAAGAAAAUCACAGCAAGCGCUUUAAAAAUCGCCUAAAUGCAGAAAACCUGUACAGCUACUAGUCCUUUCAUGUGGGAUUAUAAUCAUUGGAAAAUAACUUGCUCUAUCGCGCCGUUAGAGACAAUUACUUUUGUAAGAAUGUUUUAAUAGUCGGUUUUUCUGUAUCAUUAUCUAAUUUGUAAUGUUGUUCACAAAAGUAUGUUUAUCCUCUUUGAUACAAUGAUCAAUUCAUAUUGUAAAUAGAUAUUUAUAGGCAUGUGUUGCCAGUCUCUAUUUAUAGCUAUAAAUAAUAUGUAUUAUUGCUUUGAAUUUAUGAUAAAGGUGAAUAAAUGAUUAGCUUUGCUAAAGUUUGUAAGCAAGCGACUCAAAUUGUUAUAUUAUCUCUAGUCUUGCAUCUCUUUUAAAGACGAAUUGUAUGAAACAAUUAAAUGUUACAUUUUUUAAAUAUUCAGUUUGUAAAUUCUGCA